AUGGCGACGCCGGGAGAAGAACCAAGCGCUGGGACGGAUCAACAAGACAACCACAAGCGCUGUAUCCCGUACAUCGCAGCAGUGACGACCGGAACGGUCUUCUGGGGCUACAUCAUCACCAAACGUGUCAACCGCAUGCUCAUAGGGCGCUACGACGACGUCGUGUACCAGAUCAGGAGGGCGGAGUCGCUGAGCAACAGGUUCAAGGCGUUCAAGCUGUUCACGAUAGGCGGCGCCGUGGUGCCUGCGGUGACGCUGGCGGCAGCGUAUGUAGCGGGUAGACGCCAGGAUAAAAGCGAGGAGCAGCUCUCGAAACAACUCAGGGACGAGGCGGUGGCGGCAUCGAAGGCAGCGUCGAGUAAACUCGCGGAUUGCACGUACAAUGCAAGCAAACGGCUGGAACGGAUAGCCGACGGGGUGAAAGGAUUGGGGCUGGAGCAGGCGGGGCAGCGCAUGGCAAACGACCUGCGAAACGACAUACAGGCAGCGAAGCGCUGGAUCAAGAACCUAUUCUGA